CGUCAUCGUCUUACUCCUCUCCAUCUUGCUGCCGUCGUGCGCAUCCGAGGACAAGCUCGUCGUUGGCAAGCCGCUGUCCCCCGGCGACGUCAUCGUUUCCAGUGACGGCGCCUUCGCGUUGGGCUUCUUCUCCCCCUCCAACUCCACGCCGGCCAAGCUGUACCUCGGGAUAUGGUACAACGGCAUCCCCAAGCUCACCGUCGUGUGGAUCGCCAACCGGGAAACUCCGAUCAUCGUCACCGGCCGCUCUGCCUCCUCUGCCCCGACACUCGCACUGACCAACACCUCCAACCUCGUCCUGUCCGAUGCCGACGACGGCCGCCUUGUUUGGUCGACCAACGUCAUCGCUGGCACGGCUGGCUUCUCAGCGCCGUUGGGCGCGGCUGAACCAGCAGCCACGCUCACGAACUCCGGGAACCUGGAGCUCCGGUCAGCGAACGGCACCAUGCUGUGGCAGAGCUUUGACCACCCUUCCGACACGUUCCUCCCCGACAUGAGGAUCCGAGUGAGCCGCGGCGGCCGCGCCGGUGACCGCCUUGUUUCUUGGAAGAGUCCCGGCGACCCGUCCCCGGGGGGCUUCACCUACGGCAUCGACCCGGUCACUUCACUCCAGCUCUUCACCUGGAACGGGUCGAGCCCGCUCUGGCGCAGCGGCGUGUGGACAGGCUACAGGGUCGCCAGCGAUUUCAUCGAGGAAACCGGCGCCGUCGUCCUCCUGACCGUCCUGGACCUCAAGGACGACGCCUCCAUGUCGUUCGACAUCCGCCCCCCCGUCACGCGCACGCGGUACGUGAUGAGCUACUCCGGCGAGCUGGUGCUCCAGAGCUGGAACAACGCCUCCCUGGAGUGGGACGAGCUCGGCGUGUGGCCGCCGCACGGGUGCAGCCGCUACGGCUACUGCGGCGCGUUCGGCUACUGCGACAACACGGUGGCUGCCCCGACGUGCAAGUGCCUCGAUGGCUUCGCGCCGGCGAGCCCUGAGGAGUGGAGCAGCGGCAGGUUCUCGUCGGGUUGCCGGCGAAAGGAGGAGCUGCGGUGCGGCGAUGGGGACGGCUUCUUGCCGUUGCCGGCGAUGAAAGCGCCGGACAGGUUCGUGGUCGUUGGGAACAGGAGCCUGGACGAGUGCGCGGCCGAGUGCAGGCGCAACUGCUCCUGCGUGGCGUUCGCGUACGCGAACCUGAGCAGCAGCGCCAAGGGAGACCCCACGAGGUGCCUGGUGUGGGUCGGGGAGCUCAUUGACGCGGAGAAGAUCGGCGGCAACGUCGCUGGAAGCGAGACGCUGCAUCUCCGGCUUGCUGGCCUGGCCAAAGGUAGAAGGAUGGGUAGGAAAACACUGAAGACUGCAUUGCUAGUUUUAGCAGGCAUUCUGCUGACGUGCAUAUUCCUUCUGAUAUUAUGGAUCUGUAAGUGCAAAGGUAUCAAACAGAAACGGAGAAAACACAGGAUCUUAGUCCUGGGAGACUUGAGUGAUCCUAAAGGCUUUGGAGAAGGAAGUCCUACUGAAGGCUACGAAUUUCCAGUGGUAAGCUUCAGAGAUAUCAUAGCUGCGACAGAUAACUUCCAUGAAUCAUGUAUGAUUGGAAAAGGAGGUUUUGGAAAAGUUUACAAGGCAAACUUAGAUGGGCAAGAAGUGGCCAUCAAAAGGCUCAGCAGGGAUUCUGAGCAAGGAAUAGUGGAAUUCAGAAAUGAAGUCGUUCUAAUUGCCAAACUACAACAUAGAAAUUUGGUUAAAUUUCUCGGUUGCUCCAUCGAGGGAGAUGAGAAGCUCCUGAUCUUCGAGCACAUGCCUAACAAAAGCUUAGAUGCUCUACUUUUCAGUGCUACAAGAAAAACACGACUAGAUUGGCCAACACGGUUUAACAUAAUCAAAGGGGUUGCAAAAGGGCUUCUAUACCUCCAUCAAGAUUCGAGACUGAAGAUAAUUCACAGAGACCUCAAAGCAAGCAACAUUUUGCUAGAUGAAGAUAUGAGACCUAAGAUAGCAGACUUUGGUAUGGCAAGGAUGUUCAGUGACAACCAACAGAACGCAAACACAAAGCGAGUCGCCGGAACAUAUGGUUACAUGGCUCCAGAGUAUGCGAUGCGAGGUGUAUUCUCUGCUAAAUCAGAUGUGUAUAGCUUUGGCGUGUUGGUUUUGGAGCUUGUAAGUGGUGUGAAGAUAAGCUCUACUGAUCAGAUAAUGGAGUUUGAAGACCUUAUCGAUUAUGCGUGGAACUUGUGGAAGGAUGGGAAGGCAAAGAAUUUGUUAGACUUGAGUAUUGUGGAGAGCUGCGUACCCAAUGAAGUUUUGCUCUGCGUCCACAUAGGGCUCUUGUGCGUGCAGGACAAUCCGAACGACAGGCCACUCAUGUCAUCUGUUUUGUUCGUCUUGGAGAAUGGAAGCACGACACUUCCCAUCCCGAAGAAACCUGUGUAUUUUGCCCAUAGAAAUAACGAAGUAGAACAGGGAAGAGGCAAUAGUCAAAGCUCAAAGAACAGUGUUACUCUUUCAGCUCUGGAUGGAAGGUAGGCCAUUUCCUUUUGUUUUAUUUUCUGGGGUAGGACAAAUGGACAAUUGUUUCAUUCGGAGGCAUGACCGAAAUUCAAAAGGUCUGCAUAGGAACACUCGCAUAAGAGA